AUGAUAUGGGUUUAUGGGAUACAGCAUUUUAAGAAACAGAUCAUUAAGCAUCAGCCUUUUGGAUACAACACCAGCAGAGCAGUAUUCGUGUCAUUUAACACGGGGUUGCUAUCAAUCCUGAGAAAAUUAAAGAGUGCUCCAGACCAGGAGGUUCGCAUCUUAUUGCUUGGUCUGGAUAACGGAGGAAAGACUACACUGCUCAAACAGCUGGCUUCAGAAGAUAUAAGCCACAUCACUCCAACACAGGGUUUCAACAUUAAGAGUGUCCAGUCUCAGGGCUUUAAACUGAAUGUGUGGGACAUUGGUGGCCAGAGGAAGAUCAGGCCGUACUGGAGAAAUUACUUUGAAAAUACAGAUGUACUUAUUUAUGUCAUUGAUAGUGCUGACCGCAAGAGGUUUGAAGAAACGGGACAGGAGUUGGCUGAGUUACUGGAUGAGGAGAAGCUGAGUGGAGUACCUGUCCUCAUCUUCGCCAAUAAGCAGGACCUCCUCACAGCAGCCCCGGCCUCAGAGAUAGCCGAGGGGUUAAACCUUCACACCAUCCGGGACAGAGUAUGGCAGAUUCAGUCCUGCUCAGCUCUCACAGGGGAAGGUGUUCAGGACGGUAUGAAUUGGGUCUGCAAGAAUGUCACAGCUAAGAAGAAGUAGCAUGGACUGGCAGUGUGAGGAAAGUUGAGAUGAAACAGUGAGG